UCUCGUGGUUGUCGGCCGCCCUCGAUGUUUAGACCAGACGUGACAGUCCCACCAGAUUUUCCAAAUUGCCAGCAUCAUGGGCACUGCAGACACAGCUGUCGUGAAAAAACAGUCGUCCGAGGGCAACGACCUGAUGGACGAGUACGGAGUGAAUUUAAAAAUUCUGCCCACCAACGCUCAAGUUAAAGAGCUGCAGACCAUUCUCAGAGACAAGAACACGACGAGAAGCGAUUUCAAGUUCUACGCCGAUCGUUUGAUAAGACUCGUUAUCGAGGAGAGUCUCAAUCAAUUGCCAUUCACUAAGUUUGUGGUUACUACUCCCACUGGCGCCAAGUACAAGGGGCUCAAGUAUCAGAAGGGGAAUUGUGGGGUGUCCAUUGUCAGGAGUGGAGAAGCUAUGGAACAGGGGCUCAGGGACUGCUGUCGUAGCAUAAGAAUCGGGAAAAUCCUCGUCGAGAGUGACGCAGACACACACGAAGCCAAAGUUGUUUAUGCAAAAUUUCCAGACGACAUUGCGGACAGAAAAGUACUACUGAUGUACCCCAUAAUGAGCACUGGAAAUACUGUGAUAAAGGCCAUUGCUGUUUUGAAAGAGCAUAAUGUCUCUGAAGAAAAUAUUAUUCUCUCGAAUUUAUUUUGCACGCCACCUGCUGCCAAAACUCUAGUCACUGCCUUUCCCAAGAUGAAAUUCUUAACAUCGGAAAUUCACAACGUCGCCCCCAAUCACUUCGGACAGAAAUACUUUGGAUGUUCAAAUCGAGGAGAGAGGCAGUGAGAGGAGAUAAAAAUUUAAAAAACGGAGCGAAUAUUGAUUUAGUGAAGACAUUUGGGUGAGAUGAAUAAAUUCAUAAAAAUAAUCAUUCCGACAUCGGGAGACAGACAGUCACCCCUUGGAUCUCGUGAAAGCGUUCACUAGUCGCGAUCAAUCGAACAAUUGACCAAAAACCAAUUGAGAUUGCAUUAAUCAAGAUUUUUGUUUCUGACGUAAUAUUUUUAUUAGUAAAUUCAUGUAUUUAUAUAACAGUUGAUUCAUAUGAUGUAGAUCAUACGAUGAAUAUUAUUCUCCAUCUCUUUUUUUGUAAAUAUAUUGCGCAAUAUAUUCAAAAUUUGCGUAAUGACUCGAAGUAACAUUAAAUACUAACAGCCAUUAAUCAAAAUUGUACAACUGGAAGCUGAAAAAUCCAACUUCCUAUCCCUCUUUCCCCCCAGAGGAAAGCGAAUUCCUAUUAAAGCCCAAUUAGUCGCAACAAAUUUGUUGAUUAAAUCGAUUGUUCAUAUUUUAUUCUCAUUCACAGGCAUUUUUAAUCU